UGAACGAAUGUUGAAUGAUGAAUAUUUUGACGGAUUUGAGUAAUGAAAGGUUAGGUUGAACGGUAUUAACUAAUAUUUUUGAAAAAUCAAAACAGUGGAUUACGUCUCUCGACAAAAUAUGUUAAAAAAAGUAUACAUCGUCCACCAUACGCAUUCAGUGUCAUUAGCAUCAUUCCAUUUAAAACAUGUUCAUCCCACAAAUACAAAGUUUUUUUGCACUGAGAAAAGGGAAAUUCCAAAAAUCGAAAAGGAACCACCAACAAAAGUUUUAAGUAAACUGAAUGUCAUCAAAAAUUUGGACUUCAAGGAAUACAAGGAACGUUCGGCAAUAGUUUUACAAAAUAAGUGGACGAAUGCGUAUACGUUCUACGAAAGAGUCUUCCACAUGGAUGAAGUCAGACAAGCGCACAUGAAAGUAAUGGAUUUACAGGAAAAACUAUUAGAAGCUCAAGAAAAUCGCCGAAUGCUUCAGAGCAAACUAUCGGAUAUCAAAAGUCAAUUGGAAGCUGUUCAUGACGACAUAAUGAAUACGCCUCGUAACGACAGAUAUUUGGAACUGAUUAAACGUGACUUACAGCUUCGAGCCACCGACACUGAUAUCACAGAAAAAUUCAAAUGGGCCGAAAGCUUUGAACGUGAAUUAUUCACUCAUUUAACGGCCGCUGUGAAAUUGUCCCAUGAAAAGGAGCAAGUCUAUGCAACGACCACUAAGUACUGGUCGGUUAUUGCAUCGAUCAUUGGAACUAUGUUAGGAGUACUGGCCACAAUGCUUAGCUACCAUUACCGAAACAACAAUUACACAAUGCUUAAAGACACAUUUCACAGCGAAAUUUCCGUGGUUAGCAAUGAAAUCGGUCAGGUGAAAUCGGUUAUCGUUGGCGAAAUAAACGAAUUGAAUAGUACGUUAGGCAAUGAAGUGAAGCAAAUAAGAUUGGAACUUCAAAAUCAAAGAAAUUUACCGGCAACGGAUAGAAAACAGGAAUCGUGGAAGGGUUACUUUUAUAGAAAAUCUGUAGACGUUUACCGAUCGAUAAAGCGCUCGUUUAUGUAAGUCAACAUUUUGUUUCACUUAAAUAAUUUUGUUGAUUUUUUUUGUGGAAUAUACUGUUCACCCGUAAUACGAA